AGCAAGGUUACUAGGGCAGUGGAUGUUAAUGUGAAAUACAAAGAUCCUAAGGUGCCUGUUGAAGAUAGAAUUACUGAUCUUGGGCGAAUGACUCUUGAAGAAAAGAUUGGUCAGAUGAGUCAGAUUGAGGUACCAGUUGUCACUGCUGAGAUCAUGGAGAAGUACUACAUUGGGAUACUGCUCUUGUCAAGAAGAUUGGUGACAGGUUGUGCCAAACAUUAUAUUGGUGAUGGAAGCACGGUGAAGGACAUCAAUGAAAACAACGCCAUCAUCCACAUGAAAGAUUUGAUGGCUAUCCUCAUGCCCUCUUACGAUCUGGCGAUCCAGAAAGCAACCAAUGGGUUGCAGGGUUUCGUAAUUCGGAUUGACAAGAUCACUAAUCCACAUUGUGCCAAUUACACUUACUCCGUCCAGGCAUUCAUUUCAGCUGGCCCUGACAUGGACUUCAGGCGAUGCAUUCACCAUUCAUCACUCUCUGCUCUAUUGAUUUGCAACCCAACAUCCAACCAUUUAGUGCAGACGAAGACGAUGAGAAUGGAAACUGAAGCUGUAAUACAUGCUGAUUGUCUGCUGGAACUACCAUUCUUGCAGCGAUUAACAAGACGGUGGAUCCAAGCACACAAUUUGCGUUCCAAUGAGAAAGCCAACCCCGAGUUCCUCAAGGCCAACAAAGAUGCAGACUUUGCAAUUGCAGUGGUGGGGAAGAGGCCAUACGCAGAAACCAAAGGUGACAAUCUGAACCUGACCAUUUCUCAUCCGAGCCAGGAUAUCAUCACGAAACAGUGUGCCAGUGGGAUCAAUUGUAUCGUGAUUCUUAUCUCAGGACAGCACCUGGUGCUAGGGCCAUUCCUGCCAGUAAUGGAUGCUCUGGCGAUAGCAUUUCUUCCUGGCUCUGAAGGUCAAGGAGUUGCUGAUGUGUUGUUUGGGGAUUAUGGCUUCACUGGGAAGUUGGCGAGGACUUGGUUCAAGAGGGUUGAUCAGCUUCUAAUGAACUAA